AUGGGAUUAUGUGCCAGCAAAGAUCAUUUAAAAAAGGAAGUACGAGUGGUUAAUCAGAAGAAACCUACCAAGAAGAAUCAGAAGAAACCUGCUAAGACAUCUAAAGCGGGCUCAACAUCUAAGCCACAUAUUAGAAAAACUCCAACAAAAGAGCAUAACCCUUCGGAAAGCACUGUUUCAAAAGGUAAAAAGCUCUCUGAGAUUACUACGGUUGAGGAUACUCAGUUGACACCUAGGGAAGCAGCCAAAAAAGCAGCUGAAGAAAGGAUAAAUAAGCAAAAGGAAAAGUUAGAGAAGGGAGAAUUGGGACGAAGAUUGGCCAACGAACGUGCAAAAUCUGGACGGAAUUUACUACAGGAGAGUAUACGUAAUCAUCAGAUUCAGAAGAUAUCAGAGUAG